UCACACAAACACACGCACACCCAUACAGCAUCCCCGGAAAAUAAAUAAAAGUAAAUAAUAAUAUAAAUCAAAAUUAUUGCGGAUCUUAAGGCUUUGGAUAAACUAAAACCACAAAAUGCAGGCCAAAAAGCGUUAUAUUUUGGUCUUCGUUUCCUGCGCUUUUUUGGCCUACGCCUAUUUCGGUGGCUAUCGCCUGAAAGUCUCGCCAUUGAGACCCCGUAGAGCCCAGCACGAAUCGGCCAAGGAUGGUGGAGUCCAACCCCACGAGCAGUUGCCCAGCUUCCUGGGCGCCCACGAUCUGCAGGAACUCCAACUGCUGCAGAGCAAUCAAUCGAAGAGGUUGGAGAGCUCCAAGCACCUGGUUACCCGUAAACCCGACUGCCGCAUGGAGACCUGUUUCGAUUUUACCCGCUGUUAUGAUCGCUUUUUGGUCUAUAUCUAUCCACCGGAACCACUCAACUCACUGGGCGCUGCCCCGCCCACCUCGGCCAACUAUCAAAAGAUACUCACUGCCAUCCAGGAAUCGAGAUACUACACCAGUGAUCCCACGGCCGCCUGUCUCUUUGUGCUCGGUAUCGAUACCCUGGAUCGGGAUUCGCUAUCCGAGGAUUAUGUUCGGAAUGUGCCAUCCAGACUGGCGAGAUUGCCGUAUUGGAACAAUGGCCGGAACCACAUCAUCUUCAAUCUGUACUCGGGCACUUGGCCGGACUACGCGGAGAACUCAUUGGGUUUCGAUGCGGGCGAGGCCAUUUUGGCCAAGGCCAGCAUGGGAGUGCUCCAACUGCGACACGGAUUCGACGUCAGCAUCCCGCUCUUCCACAAGCAAUUCCCGCUGAGGGCCGGCGCCACAGGAACCGUGCAGUCCAACAAUUUCCCCGCCAACAAGAAGUAUCUGCUGGCCUUCAAAGGAAAGCGAUACGUGCAUGGCAUUGGAUCGGAGACGCGCAACUCGCUCUUCCAUUUGCACAACGGACGCGACAUGGUCCUGGUCACCACCUGUCGCCACGGGAAGAGUUGGCGGGAGCUGCAGGAUAAUCGCUGCGACGAGGACAACCGGGAAUACGACAGAUACGACUACGAGACCCUACUGCAAAAUUCCACUUUCUGCUUGGUGCCGCGCGGACGUCGUUUGGGUUCCUUUAGAUUCCUCGAAGCCUUGCAGGCUGGUUGCAUUCCCGUACUAUUGUCCAAUGCCUGGGUGUUGCCGUUUGAAUCGAAAAUCGAUUGGAAGCAGGCCGCCAUUUGGGCCGAUGAGCGCCUCCUGCUGCAGGUGCCCGACAUCGUGCGCUCCAUACCGGCGGAACGCAUCUUCGCCCUCCGCCAGCAGACGCAGGUCCUGUGGGAACGCUACUUCGGAUCCAUUGAGAAAAUCGUCUUCACAACAUUCGAGAUCAUACGCGAACGUUUGCCGGAUUAUCCGGUGCGGAGCAGCCUGGUUUGGAACAGCUCGCCGGGCGCCCUGCUCACGUUGCCCACCUUCGCCGACAGCUCAAGGUACAUGCCAUUUCUGCUGAACUCGAUGGGUGCGGAGCCGCGUCACAACUACACGGCGGUUAUCUACGUGCAGAUUGGCGCCGCCCUGGGACCGAAUGCAGCGCUCUACAAGCUAGUCAGGACCAUCACGAAGAGCCAGUUCGUGGAGCGGAUCCUUGUCCUUUGGGCAGCCGAUCGGCCGUUGCCGUUGAAGAAACGCUGGCCCCCCACCAGCCACAUACCCUUGCACGUGAUUUCCCUGGGGGCCAGCACGAGGAGUCAGGGAGCUGGACCCACAAGCCAGACGACUGAGGGACGACCGAGCAUAUCACAACGAUUCCUGCCCUACGAAGAGAUUCAGACGGAUGCCGUUCUGUCGCUGGAUGAAGAUGCCAUACUCAAUACGGAUGAACUGGACUUUGCCUACACGGUGUGGCGGGAUUUUCCCGAGCGCAUCGUUGGCUAUCCGGCAAGAGCUCACUUCUGGGAUGAUUCCAAGAAUGCCUGGGGUUAUACGUCCAAGUGGACAAACUACUAUUCGAUUGUGCUAACUGGGGCGGCCUUCUACCACCGCUACUACAACUACUUGUACACCAAUUGGCUGUCGUUGCUGCUACUUAAGACUGUACAGCAGUCCUCCAACUGCGAGGACAUCCUAAUGAACCUGCUGGUCUCGCACGUGACCAGGAAGCCGCCGAUCAAGGUGACGCAGCGCAAGGGCUACAAGGAUCGGGAGACGGGUCGUUCGCCCUGGAACGAUCCCGACCACUUUAUCCAGCGCCAGAGCUGCCUAAAUACCUUUGCGGCCGUUUUUGGCUAUAUGCCGCUGAUACGUUCCAAUUUGCGCAUGGAUCCCAUGCUGUAUCGUGAUCCAGUUUCCAAUUUGCGCAAGAAAUACCGCCAGAUCGAGUUGGUCGGCAGCUAGCGAUAUGUGCAUCCUGGCAAUAGCUACAAGCGUUAAUAGUACUGAAUACAUAUACACCACACACCACACACCCACAGCUACACCAAUACCAAUACGAAUUCGAACACAGAGAAACAGAAAAAAACACACACACACAUACGUUUAGAUGAAAUGCUGUUUUUUGACGCUGGCCAAGCGAUGCAAGGACUAUGUUAAUUAUUAUUAGUAGCGAAAAUAUGGAACUUAGUUAGGAGCCAAAGGGCGCUUGUAAAUGUAUGUAUGUGUACAUCGAUGUAAGCAUACGGCAUCCUUUGCAAUUAUAUAUGCAAUGUGUAUAUAUAUAGACCUUAAAUACGAUUAUGUGAAUUAGCCUAGUUAACUGCAAGCGAAGCAAACGAUUUUGCCAUCUUUUUUGCUAAUUUCAAAUUAGCUGCGCUUAGCAAAUUUUCUAUAUGCAUACAUACAUAUGUAAAUUGAUAUAUGUCUAGGAACAUAAGUAGCCGAUUUUUGUACUGUGUGAGUUGAGUUUUGUAUGUGUAAAUGUUUGUAUGUCCUUGUUGUAACUCUCCGUGUAUAGUUAGUGAUUUAUCAAUGUGAACGUGUAUGCGCAAGGCACAGUCGUCUCAAUUUCAGUUUUAAAUUCCAACUUGAGGCUCCUCGAAUUCCGUAUAAGAAACACAUCGACUGUAUCUUCUGAUUAUCCGUGGCCAUUAUGGAACAGCAGCAGCAAUUGCCACUGAAAAGCAACAAGAACUCUUUUCGGGCCAUUCAGAAAUAAGUGCACAAAUCCGCCGAGGAGAAGCAAUUAACUAAUGCUAAGUUUAUUGUUUAAGUAGCUUUCCAUUUUCAAUUCGUUAUGUGCAAUUUUUUAUUUGGACACCUCAGUUUUUAAUUCAUAUCGUGGCCAUUUACUGAUGUACGUAAAUCAAUUAUCAAUAUGCAAUCAACUUUUAACCACAUGCGCAUAUCAAAAGAAGAGGCUUCUCCGAAGAGAAGCGUUUUUAGUUUAAGCAACCACAAUUCUAUACAUAUACUAGAGCUAAAGUAUAUUUCUAUAACUAUUUUUUACAACAAAUAUACACGAUUGCAGAUGAAUUCAA